CACAGGACCACAGCUGCACUGGGAACACACACUGCCGUUAAUGUGAAACUAGUGAGAGGCUGAUGUGACACAGGAAUAGCUUCAGCAACAGUAAGGAUUAAAAAAAGUUGACUUACUUAAGAAAUAUUCCACACAAGUGGCAGAAAAACAGAGCAAAAAGGGGCUUCACUUAAGUGCUCUGAUAUUCUCCAGGGCGGGUCACUCAAUCUGCCUCUAGCAGGACCAUAGGAUUCACACGCCCAGAUCUCUGCUCCUCUUUGUACGCUUGUUUUGAUCAAGAAGACCAUCUGGAAGAGGGAGAAGAAGAAUUAUUUCUGACCACUGCAGAGGGAGGUAGAGAUGAAGAAGUCGGAGAUGUUUGGCUUCUCCCUGGAAGCAGACGACAGGACGGAGGAGAAGAAAUCACGGCAAACAGCAGCAAAGGGGGAUGGAUUGGUCUCUGCUUUGGGUUUGGGCCAGAAGGCCCAAAAGGCACCAAUGGACACUGAUUACCAGGAAGAAAUGGAGGAGACAAAGCCGAAACUCAGAUUCAAUCUCAACUUUGACAAAGCGAUUCAAGGUAUAGAGCAGGACGACAGGACGAGAGAGAGUCAGACAUUUGACAUUGAAAGGCUGUUUGAAGCAGUGGGCAGCGGAGACGUCAGAAAGCUGGAGGGCCUGUACCUGUACCUGUACCAAAACAUGAAGAGACUGUCCGACUCCCUCUAUCAGUCGUAUGGCAAAACCACCCUCAUGAAGGCUCUCCUGCACCUCAGAGAUGGCAAGAACGAGACUGUGGAAUUAUUAAUUGAGAUUUCCGAGAGGCUGGGCGACAUUAAAGAGUUUGUGAAUGCAGCCUACACCAGCAGCUAUUACAAAGGUCAGACAGCUCUCCAUAUAGCCAUCGAGAGGAGGAGUAUUUCCUAUGUGAAACUACUGGUCAGUAAAGGAGCAGAUGUCCAUGCCAAAGCCUGUGGAAAAUUCUUCCAGCCACAUGACAGCCCCUACUUUUACUUUGGUGAGCUGCCUCUGUCUCUGGCCGCAUGCACCAACCAGGCUGACGUGGUGGACUUCCUGAUGGAGAACGAGUACGAGCAGGCGGACGCAAAGCUGGCAGAUUCUCAGGGUAACACAGUACUGCAUGCUCUGGUGGUGAUUGCUGACAACUCCAUUGAGAACACAGACUUCAUCACCAACAUAUACGACGGCAUCCUCAAGACCACUGCCCGACUGCAUCCGAAGCUGAAGCUGGAAGACAUCGAGAACCACCAGGGGCUAACACCUCUCAAAAUGGCUGCCAAGACUGGCAAGAUAGGGCUUUUUGCCCACAUCCUGAAACGGGAAUUCCAAGAGAGCCAGACCAAACAUUUGUCCCGUAAAUUCACCGAAUGGGUUUACGGACCGGUCACCUGCUCCCUGUACGACCUGGCCUCGUUGGAUUCGUGCGAGGAAGCCUCAGUCAUGGAGAUACUAAUCCGCGGCAGCGACAUUCCUAACCGUCACAAGAUGCUUGAGACGGAACCUCUGACCCGAAUACUGGAUGAGAAGUGGAAGAAGUUUGCGGGUCCCCUGUUUUUCCUCAACUUCCUGUUCUACAUUGUGUACCUGAUCAUAUUCACUAUUGUGGGUUACAAUAAGAAAGAAGGAAAGACUCCCUUUCCCCUCGAACACAACUUGAUCGGUUACCUGUACGUUUCAGGCCAGCUACUGUUACUACUGGCAAACAUCUAUUUCUUUUUAGGAGGGAUAAUUGACAUGUGCAGGAAGCGACCAAAGCUGCAGACGUUGAUGAUCGAUGGAUAUUAUGAGAUUCUUUUUUUCGUGCAGGGCUUCCUCUUCAUGACCUCGGCCGGGCUGUACGUGUGCGGGCGGCAGGAGUACCUGGGCUUCAUGGUGCUGUGUCUCGCCCUGAGCUGGGUGAACCUGCUCUACUAUUCCAGGGGAGACAGACACAUGGGCAUCUACAGUGUCAUGAUACAGAAGAUGAUCCUCAGUGACCUCCUGAAAUUUCUUUUUGUCUAUGUCGUCUUCCUCUUUGGAUUUUCAGCAGCCGUGGUCUCCCUGCUCAAAGAGCCUCCUGUGAAAAACAAAACGGUCAAAAUAGGUCAGGGGCGUCUCUUUGGCCCCAUCGACGCUGAUGAGGAGUGCGUGAAACCCAGCUUCACCAACAUCGCCUACACCACGCUGCAGCUCUUCAAGUUCACCAUCGGCAUGGGCGACAUGGAGUUCACGCAGGACUACCACAAUAGGGAGGUCUUCUACAUUCUCCUCAUCGCCUACAUCAUACUCACCUACAUCCUGCUGUUCAACAUGCUCAUCGCCCUCAUGAACCGCACCGUAGAGAGGAUCAAAAUGCAGAGCAGCAGCAUCUGGAAGCUGCAGAGGUCCAUCACCAUCCUGGACAUGGAGAAAAGGCUGCCUGGUUUCAUGAGGAGGAGGUUGCGUUGCGGGGUGGAGAAAAAACUGGGCACGGUUCUUGGAGAUGAUUGUCGCCGGUGUUUCAGAGUGGAGGAAGUCAACUGGAACAAAUGGAACAUCAACCUGGGCAAAAUCAAUGAGGAUCCCGGCUGCUGGGAUCGUUUACACCAGCCCACACCAGACACUCCACCGCACAGACCAAACAGAGGGAGGAGCUGGAGAGGCUUAUUCGGGGACGGCAGUAGGCAAUUGCAGACACAUCAGUCCACAGAGAUGUUUCCUCUGAGCAACCUACAGGUCUGAAAAGACACAGCUCAGGGCUUCACUCAGCCUGACUGACCUGAGCAACGAGGCAUUCAAACCCAAAGACAGUAUUCCCUUUCAGCUCUACCUUCCUAAAUGACUGAUGCUCCACCGUCAGCUAGACUUUAAAUGGAAUCUUUGAGGCAAUAUCUCAGACAGGGACAGUAAUGAGAAAGAGAUUGUUGACUUUCAUCUAAUUGACUGUUAAAAAAAGAAUUUAUCAAUGCUGAAACAAGUGCUGCUUAUAUACCAAAGAAACCAUGCAUUUAAAACCCAUUAACUACUUAAUCAUUUUGUAGAUGCCACCUAUGGCUCCACCUAAACAGGAUGCAUGUCCUCUGUCUGCAAAAAAAGACCACAUCCAAAGGCACUGCUCAAAAUCCCUCAAGGGGCAAGAUGGAGCACGAAGGUGCUGAUCCUGCCCUCCUGCUGUGUGCCCUUUAUACGGGUCCCAUUUUCAUCACAGCCAGACAAGCUAAAUCUACUGCAGCCACACAGUCCUGCAGAUUUCACAGCUUGCUCUGUCUACUCUUCUUCCUGUUUCUAUUUGGCAGGGCCGGGCUCGGAUAAAUAGCGUGAAAGCACAGCAAUAGGUGCAGCUAUGACUGCCUUUAGCACCAGCUGUUGGUGUAGAUGGACCCUUUGGACCAUUCAGUCUCAUGUUAGACAAGUGUGUGAAUAACUGACCUACCUGAACAUGUAAUAGUUAAAAGUUACUAAGCUGCAGAAUGAAGAGAGCAAUAGAAAACAUGCAGUUAAAUCAUCUGUUGUUAGUUCCAACGUGUAUAAAAAUGUUCCAGAUAAUCCAAACUACGGCUCAGACUCAUAUCAAAGCAUAAAUUAGAACUUUAUUUUAUUAUUACAAUAUUACAAAAAGAGUAGCACAACUCUCACGCACUCGCCUCUUAUCUCUAGUACAGAAUGACACAAAAAAAGGCUUGUGGACCUUCUUCCUUUUCACAGCAAUAGUACAAGAAACAAAGGAGAAAAUAAAAUUUAAAUAACAAGCAAAUCAAGUAUUAUAAAUAGUCACAACUGCAAACUGAAGCUUUGAAACUUGAAAAAAAAAAAAAAGUUACAGCCCUGUAACUACACAUUGCUAAAAUAUAUAAUUACAAAAUAUUACUCCUUUUCUCGCUUUUCCGUAAUAAAGAAUUUCUAAGCAAUUGUCUGUCUAUUCAACAAAACAUCAAAAUAAAAAGAUCAGGAAGAAAAGAAA